AUGGUCGUGCCCCCUCCAGUCGCUGCCGGAGUUCUCGCGAUGGGGGAAGGAGGAGGAGGAGGAGGAAUACCUAUAAUCUCAGAAGUACCUCAGGAAGAAAGACGGACAGAACAUGAUUUGCCUACAAAUGUUGCUGCUAGUAAUUUGAAAAAAAGAAGUUGGGGGUUAUUAGUCCCUGGGAUAGUUGGUGGGACACUAGUAGCUGUGUAUGCAGUUGCUACUCCUUUUUUAACUCCAGCCCUCCGGAAGAUUUGUUUGCCUUUUGUACCUGCAACUUCAAAUCAGAUUGAAAAUGUUCUGAAGAUGUUACGAUGUAGAAGUGGAUCUCUGGUAGACAUUGGUAGCGGUGAUGGACGUAUUGUCAUUGCUGCUGCAAAAGAAGGAUUCAGAGCUGUUGGUUAUGAGUUAAAUCCUUGGCUAGUUUGGUAUUCCAGGUAUCGUGCUUGGAGAGAAGGUGUCCAUAAUGCUGCAAAAUUUUAUGUUUCUGAUUUAUGGAAGGUUAGUUUUUCACAGUAUACAAAUGUAGUUAUUUUUGGAGUACCUCAGAUGAUGCCACAGUUGGAGAAGAAACUUCAGCUAGAACUGGAAGAUGAUGCCAGGGUCAUUGCUUGCCGAUUUCCUUUUCCACACUGGAUCCCAGAUCAUAUUACUGGAGAGGGGAUAGAUACUGUGUGGGCAUAUGAUUCUAAGAAUUUUAAAGGAAAUGAAAAGAGCUGUUCCAAGCCUGUGCCAAACGUGCAUUUGUAUUAAGUCAUCCAAGUGAAAUCUUUGUGGAAAGCAUAAUUCUUGAUUAUUUCUAGUUUAAAGCACAUUUACAUCUAGUGCUUUUGUAGUUUACUUACAAAACUGUACCUUAAUAAAUUUCACAUUUUUUUAAAUUAGGAAAAUGCCCUAUGGGAUGGAUUAAGAAAUUGUUUUCUUUUGAGGGGGCAAAGGGAAAGGAAAUUAAGGAACACAAGUGGAUUAUAAAUAUGUAAUGAAAGAGUACCUAAGUGGGUUUACUAUAAUGUCAUGCAGUUGAACUCUCGAUGAAUCUGAAUUGGUGGUGAUGAUUUUCAUAGAUAGAACAAGAACAAAUGAGCCUUUUUAAAGAUUUUUUUUUGUUAAUAUAAAUGUUAUUUCCUAUAAUUUAAUUAACAUUUCAAUUUUAUCUCUCCUGCUUUUGUCAAAUUUAGUAACCCAAAGGAUUUCAUAAAGCAUUUAAGAACA